UUCAUUUCAUCUUUUUCCAAAUAUUAAUUAAUUAAUAUAACCGCGAAGAAGGAUAUACAUAUAUAUAAAUCCAGAUUCCAGAUACCAUCAUGAUGAGUCGACAUCCUACACUGAAAUGGGCACAAAGGGCGGAUGUGGUUUUCAUCACAAUUGAUCUCCCUGAUGCCAAAGACGUCAACCUUAAACUUGAGCCCGAGGGCGGGUUUUACUUCUCUGCCACCGCAGGGGCCGACAGUGCCCCUUAUGAGAUUGACAUUAAUCUUCAUGACAAGGUGGAUGUCAAUGAAAGCAAGUCGAGUGUUGGGUCGAGAAGUAUUGUAUAUCUGAUAAAGAAAGAAGAAAGUAAAUGGUGGAACAGGCUUUUGAAGGCAGGAAAGUCUCCCACCUUUAUUAAGGUUGAUUGGGACAAAUGGGUGGAUGAAGACGACGACCAAGAUGAAAAGGCUGGUGCCGAUAUGGACUUUGGUGACUUUGAUUUUUCUAAACUUAACAUGGGAGGUGGUGGAGGCUUUGAUGCAGAUGGAACCGAUGAUGAUGAUGAUAGUGACACGGAAGAAGAAGAGGAAACUUAUAGCAAGAAGGAAGGCGUGCCACCCGUUGUUACCAACGGAGUUGAGGCAAAAGCAUGAGUCUUUAAAAAGUUUGUUUAGGCGUUUUUAUCAGUAUGAUUUUGAUUCACGUAUUUGGUCUGAAAGUUUGAUGGGUUAGUUUCUAGUAGUGUUGGUGACAGUUGGUUGGUACCAAUUUGUAGUAAAUUACAAUAUGAAUGGUCAAGACUUUCCUGUUCGCAUA